AUGGCUCCUCAAAAGACCAAGACCUUUACUCUGAGGGAACUCGACACCGCAGUGAUUAUGCUCGAGAUGACUGGAGAGACUACCUACACCGAGGCAGAUGUAGAGGCUGCGGUUCAGACGCUUAAGGACGGCAUUGCAGAAUCUGGCGGUCCUAAGGUGCCUAUGAUGCGCGAUGAGAUUGUUAGAUGUAUUCAAUUAACGUACAUCCCUUCGUAA